AUGUCCAUAAAUUCACAGUACACGCAUACCACGACACCAAUCCUGGAAGCAUGGCUAAUUAAAGCUCUUCGUCUUAUACAUUCAAGAAAGGCUUCUGAUCGUGAUAAAUUGCCUUUGCGUGAACCUCGUGAAGUUGUUGCUGCAAGUAGUGAAUCUACUGAACGCAACAAUUAUAGUCCAAUUCAUUCUACCCAGCGUAUCCGUAUGCCUCAAUCAAUUAAUGAAACAAACUCACAUAUACCUUCAGGUAUUUCGACAACACCUAAUAUACCUAUCACCAUUGAUUCUGCAAGUAUGGUGAGCAGUGAUAACAGUGGAACACUUACGCAUAUCACAUGUACUAUCAAUUCUGAUCAACCUGUCGGUUCAAGUAUCAAUUCUAGUACAACUACGUCAUUAAUAGUUGGAAAUGUUAUUCAUUCUUCUCUUUCUCCUUCGAAUUCAACUGCAUUUCGUGGAAGUAAACGUAACAAAGUGGCAUUUUUCAAUAUAUUUGACAUUGCAUCACCAGCAUCUAGUAGUAGUGGUAGUAGUACUUCAACCUCGAAUACUACUGCAGUACUUUCAAAAAAUAACACUCAACGACCUUCAAAUCAAUUAGAUAAUUCAAUUAAUAUUGACUCAGUUGAUCCCGCUACAACAGUUCAGCUAUGUCCUUUUUCAUCAGUGACAUCAACAGGCGUAAGCAGCGGAGUGACAGCGGAACCAGCUAUAGGGAAUUCGAAUUCAUCCAAUAAUAUUAUAGAUCUUACGCUUACAGAUAAUGAUGGACCGUCGAUUUCAUCAUCAUCAACAUCAUCUACUGUUACUGCUUCUAUCAAUCCACCUUUAAUUGAAGACUGUUGUUCAAAAGAUAACUUGUCAAAUACACGGAUGAAUUCCACUUAUAUGUCUACUGUCACAACACCAUCAUCGUCAAUACAAAUAGCUCCUGUUUCUGCUGGUACCAAUAUCGUGAUAAAUUCAAAGCAAGACACUUCUAGUAUGAACAAUAGUGCACGUCUAUUGGCGGCAAGUUUAGUGGCUGAUUUAGUUUGUCGUAUCUGUGGACGUCUAUCACAACAACCACAACUAGAAAUGGAUAAAAAGACAAUGAAUGCUAAUGUACUAGUUGAAUGCAUCAAAUGCGGCUCCUUGUAUCAUCAGCUGUGUCAUCAGCCAGUGAUUUUAAUGUCGAUGCCAAAACAACAAUGGAUGUGUAUGCAUUGUUCUACUACUACUGCUACUACUACUUCUGCUGAUUUAUCAUUAUCAUCUCCAGUUCCUGUGGUCACACUGACAGUGUCAUCCGAUUCUUCGUGUAGUAUAACAACAGAUCCUGUGAUAUCAUCAAAUCUUAUUCGAUCUCAUAGUAUUUUGUCGUCAGAUGUAACGAUUGUUGGAAGUAUUCCAGGUGAUAAUAACUUAAUAUCUAGUGGUUCUUCUUCUUAUUCAAUACAUCAACAAUCUUUAAUAUUAUCUGAUCCUGUUCAGUUCUCCUCAUCGUCAGCAUCUUCUGUGUCUACUACACUUACUGUUACUGCUACUACUACUGCUACUACGACUACUACUAAUGCCUCUACUACUUCUAAUACUCCUACUCAGGCAACAACUACAAUAACUGUUGGUGCACGUAAACGUAAACCUGCAUUCACUAGUCCAUUAUCUGGUAUACCGCGUAAACUAAAAGAUGAGCAUAAUUGA